AUGACCUCGCAGCGCCUGAGCGGAACACUGUCCUCCAAUCAGCAUCACCCGCUGCAGCCGUCCUAUCAGAGCGCAGAUCAGCCCGACCAUUUCCUCCCAGAGCAGGGGACCGACAGCAGCACGACACCUGCCUGCAGAAAACCCCACAGGGCUCUGGGGCACUCGGGUCGUGAGGUAAAAUCAGACCGGUGGUUCUGGAAGUUUCUGAGCUCUGUGAGGUACCGUCGGGCCGGGGCGUGCGGAGACAGAUCAGCGGCUCCUCCCGGAGACAGUAAGAUGCUGGUCUCUCUUCGCGGGGUGCUCCUGGUAGUGGUGGUUUUGGCGACUCUGGUGUGGGACACCCCCCCCACCACAGACAGCACCUACCCCAGCGACUACUACCCCGACUACCACAUAGACAGCCCAGCGCCCCCUGGGGUCAGCCAAGACAACUACACCCUGGACUACAACGAGUGCUACUUCAACUUCUGCGAGUGUUGCCCCCCCGAACAUGGACCCCCAGGGCCGAUGGGAGACAGAGGACCCCCAGGUGUGGCAGGUGAACUGGGAGAGAUGGGCCCCCCAGGAAUCACAGGUCCCCCAGGCCCCUCUGGCCCUCCCGGAGAGAGGGGUGCCAAAGGAGACAAAGGUGAACAAGGAAAGGCUGGAAUGCCGGGAACUGCUGGAGUUUUCGGAAAACCUGGAGAGAAAGGUGGCCAGGGCUCCAGGGGGGAGAGAGGAGCCCCAGGGCCGAAGGGGGAGCAGUGUGUGAACGGCACCAAGGGCGAGAAGGGGGAGGCAGGUCAGGGCGGGGCGGCGGGGCCCCAAGGCCCGCCAGGAGAAAAGGGCGACUCUGGAAAUAAGGGGGACUGCGGGUUUUUUGGGGACAGAGGACCGAGGGGGGACCCCGGCCCCCCAGGGCCGAGGGGAGAGGGGGGCCCCCCGGGGGUGAACGGGGCCCCGGGGCCCUCUGGGGUGGGGGGGAGUCCGGGUAAACCGGGGGUCCCGGGGCUGAACGGGGACCCGGGCCGGAGGGGGCCGGUGGGCCCGCCGGGGGGGCGGGGGAGGACCGGCCCGAAGGGGGAGCGCGGCCCCCCAGGAGGGAGAGGCGACCGGGGGCUGCGCGGGCUGAAGGGGGCCAGCCAGGCGGGGGAGCGCUCUGGCUUCAGCGUGGGGCUGUUCCCCAGCAAGUCCUUCCCCCCGCCCGGCUUCCCCAUCCGCUUCGACAAGGUCUUCUACAAUGGCGAGGAGCACUACAACGCCACCGCCAGCAAGUUCAACUGCUCGCUGCCCGGCGUGUACGUGUUCGCGUACCACCUGACGGUGCGGAACCGGCCGCUGCGCGCGGCGCUGGUGGUGAACGGCGUGCGGAGGCUGCGCACACGCGACUCCCUGUACGGCCAGGACAUCGACCAGGCCUCCAACCUGGUGCUGCUGCGUCUGGCGGCCGGGGACCAGGUGUGGCUGGAGACGCUGCGCGACUGGAACGGGGCCUACUCCAGCAGCGAGGACGACAGCACCUUCUCCGGCUUCCUGCUCUACCCCGACAGGCCCUGACCAAUCACAGACUCCCAUCUUAAAGCCCUGACCAAUCACAGACUCCCAUCUUAAAGCCCUGACCAAUCACCCACUCCCAUCUUAAAGCCCUGACCAAUCACAGACUCCCAUCUUAAAGCCCUGACCAAUCACAGACUCCCAUCUUAAAGCCCUGACCAAUCACAGACUCCCAUCUUAAAGCCCUGACCAAUCACCCACUCCCAUC